AACUAGGUUACUGACGUUCGCAACAGCAUAACGGACGAUCUUGACCGGCAUUUUCUGUACGAUUCCUUUUCUUUUCAUUUGCUUCUCCGUUCAUCUUUCUGGUAUAACAAGUCGGUGGUGGGGAGUCAGAUAUUUCCUCGACUGAAGUUCAGCUGGUUUGUAAAGAACUCGACACUCUCGUCGAGUCGUCAGUUCGCCAGUGCAACCGGCCACAUAAACAUCGGUGGUCAAACGAUCGAUCGACGGCGAUCUAACUGGUAACUGCUCGGUUUGUAUAAGAAGACUUGGUCGUCAGUGUGAGAGAUAGCGUUCUAACAUCUCUAAAAAUAGACCUACAACGAUCUGCGAUCCGUCACGCACGAAGAGAAAGGAAUUACGAGCCGUGCAGUUAAUUAUCGAUAAAUUAGUGCGAUUGUAUCGGUAUGGCGACACACGCGUUUCACCGUAUUCAGAGGCUGAGUCGAGUACUGGAUGCAGGAAUGAGGACGAUAAACUCCACAUUAAGACGUGCAUCGGCCUUGUCAGGACAAGCCAGAAUUGUGACGGGACCAAACAACGAGAAGAUUAUUAUGUCUCCGGCUGGUGAAGCUUCCUACCCGGAAACCUUGAUCCACGAAUUUGUUUGGAAUAAUAUCGAGAAUUAUCCUAAUCACGUUGCUUUGGAGUGUGGCGUGAACGGUAAGAAAUACACGUUCGCGCAAGCCAAGGAUGCAACAUAUUAUAUCGGUAGAAGUUUGCGACACAUGGGUCUCAAUAAGGGCGACGUAGUAGCCCUAGUAGCGCCCAAUCUGCCGGACACAGUUCUAGGUUUCCUUGGAAGCUCGUCAGCGGGACUCGUUGUCACUACCGUAAAUCCGCUGUACACGGCUGAGGAGAUGCCGAGGCAGUUGUUGAAAGCCAAUGCGAAAGCAGUCAUCACUUCGUCCGCAAUUGCAUCCACAGUGCUCGUUGCAACAAGGGCAUGUCUUCCACGUGAAACUCCUGUUAUUGUGAUUGACGAUAAGACUGGUUCUAUUCCCGAGGGUUUGAUACCUUUUGAUGAUCUUAUAACACGAGGCAAGUCACUGCCAUCUGUAAAUCCAGACACAACUUGCGAUGACAUAGCGGUUUUGCCAUUUUCAAGCGGUACUACUGGAUUACCAAAGGGUGUUAUGCUAACGCAUCGCAAUCUGGUGUCUAAUAUAAUGAUGACUCAAUCUUCUAUCAAUGUAUUCCAACCUACUACAAAUACAUAUCAGGAAGUAUUUCCUACGUUUUUACCAAUUUUCCAUAUUUAUGGGAUGAAUGCUUUAACAUUUCCACGCCUUACUUUCGGCGGGAAGAUAGUCACCAUUCCAAAAUUUGUACCUGAGACGUUCCUUAACGUAUUGGAAAAACAAAAGGCGACUGCACUCUACGUCGUACCACCCGUAGUGCUAUUUCUAACGGCUUCUCCUCUUGUGAAAAAGCAUCACUUCGAGCAUAUGCAUAUGAUGAUGAGCGGCGCCGCGCCGCUCGCCAAAACGGACGUCGAUAGAUUCUACGAAAAAUACAGCAUUGACCCGAAUGUCUUCAAGUUCCACCAAGGUUACGGAUUGACGGAAAGUUCACCAGUGGCGUUUGUUGAGCAUGGACAUAAAUAUUCCAGCAUUGGAAGAAAUAUAGCAAGUUGUCAAGCACGUCUGGUGGAUAUAACGACACACGAGGAUGUCAGCACUACUGGACAAACUGGCGAGUUAUGGCUCAAGGGACCUCACAUUAUGAAAGGGUAUCUAGAUGACGAAACCGCUACAAAGAAUACACUAACCGAGGAUGGAUGGUUAAAAACGGGCGAUAUUGCAUACUUCGAUGAAGAUUUCGAUUUCUAUAUUACAGACAGAUUAAAGGAACUUAUCAAAGUCAAAGGAUUCCAGGUACCGCCGGCGGAACUGGAAGCGCUGCUGCGGAUGCAUCCAGACGUGGUGGAAGCGGCAGUGAUUGGUAUUCCGCACGCGAGGCAUGGUGAGGUACCGAAAGCGUUCGUGGUGGUGGGCAAGGGUAAGAAACCUACGGAGGACGACAUUAAGAACUUUGUGAAAGGGAAGGUCUCCGACUACAAGCAACUGGAAGGUGGAGUCACAUUUGUCGACGAAAUUCCGAAGAAUCCGAGCGGAAAAAUUUUAAGAUCAAAGUUAAAGCAAAACUACAAGUCGUAACUUCAUCAAAAUGACAUCUUUUUAAUAGGAACAUUAUUUUUAAAGUAAGAUCAAUGUUACUAACAAUAAGAUGUACGGCAUGUAUAAACGAAGGUAGGCGGAAUGUAAUUUUGUAUAUUAUUAUAUAUAUAUACAUGUACAGUGUUUUGCUUAAUGAAAUUGUAAUAUAUAUAUAUGUACAUAUUAUAUAUUAUAAUUUCAUUAACCCUAGAACGGUACAUUGGGUUCUUUGUUAGCAUAAACCAUAGCGAUUUUAAAAGUCGUGCCACUUCUAUAUCAUGCGGGCAGAGGGGUCCGGAUCAGGGGGGGGGGGAACUUUGGAGAACUCCCUACUAACUAACUGCACCCAUAAUCCAGCCAGCGCAUUGAAAACUGUCGAGUAGGGAGCAUCGAAAGUUAGUCUCCUUGUGUACCGUUCUAGGGUUAAGCGUAUUAUGUAUAUAUAUGCAUAUUUGUAUAUAUACAUAUAUCGCUUAUUUGCUACAAAAAAACAACGACAUAACUCAAAAAUUGUCAUUUUUGAACUGUUUGCAAAAGAAGGGUAAAAAUUCAAUACACUGAAUGAAGAGCUAAUAUAUAGCUAGAUAUUUUUGUUAGUUAUUGCACCAAAAUCGCAUUUAAAAGUAAUUAAUGUUAACGAAUUUUAGUGAUUCAAAACAUUCAAACUUAUUUUUUGGAAAAUUUUAUUUUCCGAGUUGUGUCGUAGCAAAUGAGCGUAUGUAUAUACAUAUAUAUAGAUUAUCUACUUACAAUCCAUCAAAAAUGGAAUGGUUAAAAGACACUGUUUUAUAUAAUUUUAAGAGGUAAAUAUGAAAUAGAAUUUUUUGGACUUGAAAAUUAAAAAGAAGAAAAAAGGUUC